AUGACGUCGAGCGACGAAUUCUUGACCAAGAAGUACGCAAAGUGGAAUGCGUUUCAGGACGACUCGGACUCGGAUACUGAAGACGUCCCACGCGUGCCAACGCAAUUUGACGUCGAAGGCGAUGCCGACAUUGUCAUUAGCACCGAGAUGCUGAUAACCUCCAAGCAAGUGGAACGUUAUCGGAAGCUGGAGAAGAAACAGCUUGAAGUGUGGCAGGUUGUCGUGCGUCAGCUUCGAGUCUGGUCGGCCUCUAGUGCCGGAGCUGAGGAAGGACGCGAUGCUGUGCCGUGUCGACCAUACUGUGUGCUAGUGAACAACUUGUAUCCGCUGGGUCAAGUUGUGUCCAAAAAGAUUUGCGACCCGCCGGAAGUGUACCCAUCGCCACAGACGGUGUUGGACCUGACACUGCAUGCGAUGGUAGACCCGCCAACAGGGACACCGCAGCACCGUCCGGACAAGCUUGUGUUUCCAGACAAGCACUUUGUUGGGCAGCUACGGAAGAGUUACUCGGCGUUGGGAAUCGAGUGCUCAUACCUGUCUGAGUCGGACGGCAUUGACGCCUACAUCCAGGAGUUAUCGCAGCACUUGAUUCGAAACGACCUCGCAUCCGUGGCAGAAGUGAGUGAGCGGCCCGGACUGAUAUCAGGUUCUGGUGUGACUCCUGAAGCACUGACGGCUUUCUACUCAGCCUGCGAGCAAUACGCGAAACUGGAGCCGUGGAACCGAUUUGCCGAGCGUCAGGCUAUUCAGAUUGAUGCUGUCGGUGAUGAGGAACUGCGUCUGGAUGCCCGCAAUCACGUUGGUAGAGGCACUGUCUUCUCGUCAGUCAUUAGCACACGCACAGACAGUGGACCAAGCGGUGAAUGUGGUGACCACAUUCGUGGUAUGGCGUUAUUUUACACGCGCGCAGAUUUGGAGCGUCGCGUGCUAUCUCCUGGCGAGCGACUAGCUUUGAUGGAAAAUCCGAAGCUGCGUCGAUGUGCAAAGUGUGACAAACGCGCUGCUCCUGGCAAGGAGCUUAAGCGCUGCACGCGCUGCAAAUGCACUUUUUACUGCGAUGCAGCGUGCCAGCGUGACCACUGGAAGGACCACAAGGUCAGCUGCACUACGCCUGGAAACGCUUCUAGCGGUGCUGGUGACCAAAAGAUUGUAUGGGGUGCUAAGGAGAUGACGAUCAUGUUUGGUCCACAGACUUCCGUGCCGUUUGACGACUUGGACAUGAUCAAGAAGUAUUCACUACCGAUUGCGAACGUAAAGGGCGAUAUGCUUUACCCGUCUGCUGUGACGUUUCGCCACGGCGAUCCGAGCGUGCCCGAGGUGACGGAAUUGGUUUGGCUAAUCCGAGCUCUGAAUGCGCAAAUUGAAGUGGUUGGUAACCAGCCGCACUUCAUGCAGAGCACAAUGGGUGAACUAUUGGGAAUGGAUGGGCACGAUGGCGAGCAACGUAAGCUGGAAUUGUGCUGCAAAACGUUUGGCUUCGACGACUACCUCGUGCUUCGCAACAGCACAGUACUCACGAUGCACGACGUGGAACGGUUGCGAAAGGUAAUUACGAAGCAACGCGCAGAUGCCCGGGAGACCAACGAUGACAACGAAGGCGAUGCGCGUUCGGAGACCGACAACAAGGCAAAGAGCGACGACGACCUUGAUAGCGCUAGUCUUCAAGACGGCGAGAAAGGCUGUUGUGUCAUGUGA